AGACACUAGGACCCAGCGAGUCUCUUCCCUCCUCAUCAGGCUCCCUUAGUUCCAGAGCUCAGUGAGCGGUCUCAGAACAGAGUGCAAAGAGAGAGAGAGAAAGAGGGAGGGAGAGAAAAAAGCCAAGUGAAUGUUAGAGCCCACUGUGGUCACUGCUGAAAUACUGAAUCUGAGAGAAAUGGAGGGAUUAACCAGUCGGAUUUAAAAAUCUGGAGCUCAUGCGGAGGCAGCCAAUCAGGGGACGAUCUGGAUUAAAAGGUUUGUGUGUGAUUGAUCAUUCUUGCUGUAAUCUAUCAGGGCUUUCUGUUUUGUCAGGAGUCAGCCGGCGUGCAAGAGUGUUCACGGGCAUAUAGACGCCGCUGGGAGCUCCUGGCUGGUGAGUCUAGUUACGUGUGGGACAUGUGCUACUUACGCCGGAUGAAAUAUUGUGACAGCAGAGACAGGAAAGAGGGCACGCUCCUGUCACUGAGGAAUGGAAGUCGCUGCAGCUGUAAACAGUGCUGGAAGAGGUCUAGACCGUCCCUCGCUGAGCGUGCCUCGGGGGUCGUUCCCUCGCUGUCCUAGUAGACCGGUUGAUGUUUUUCUUGGUGCCGAUGAAGUAACAUCUCGCCUUCAGGGGGUAGGGCACUCUGUUCUGGUCGGCAUUGUUUGUAUUUGAUGUUCUCGAGUUCAGCACCCAGGGUUCUGCGUGGGGAACUUUGCUCCGAGACUUGUCAACAAAUGCGGUGUUAAAUAAAGCAGCCACCGAGUGAAGUUUGAAUGUGCUCGCUGGGUGGAAAACAAGUCAGCACAGGGAAGAAGUGAGCCACAUUGCUCCAAACGAUUUCACCAGCCUAAACCGAGGAGACAGAGAGACUACUGGGAAACUAUGCAGUGAGCGCUUGUGUGUGUGUGUGUGUGUGCGUAGCGCGUUCUUCCUAUAAACACAAAAAGUGUGUUCCCAUUCCUGUCUGCAAGGAUAAACAGGCAUAUAUUACUUUUUACUGUUGGUUCAUUUCUAGUUUCCACUGGGAAAACGAAGCUUUCUCAUUGUAAUCUGAUAGUUUUAAGUUGCAGUUCUCCAGUUCAGCUGUCUUUUCUGUGCACAACAGCUGAAAGUCCUGUCCUAGAUGCAUGUGCUGUGUCAGUUUUUUGCCUUGCAACUGUAAUCCUGGAUGCUCUCCGUUCAUUUGCAUUCAUGAGCAUUAAGUUCUGCUCAUCCACAGUGCUGUUAAAACGAACCGCAUGAGUGUGUUGGUACACAGCACAUCCUGUGGAUUUAUUGUCAUUAGAGCUGGACACUGGUAACUCUGGCCGUUGUGCUGAGCUCUGAGCUUUCUGUGGUCGUCUGUCUGCAAGUCUCUUUACCACAGUGCUAUAGCAAGUUCUUUCUGGGAAUCUGAGAUGCUGAGCUUGUGUUUUCCACAAGAGUUUCCAUUUUCGUCGUAAAAAAUACUGAAAUACCUUGAUGGCAUUGUCCUAUUUGGAAAAAGCUUGUAGCGUGGAGACUGUUUUGCUGGAAAAAAUUAGCUCUAGGAUUUAUAACCUACUUUAGUCACUAGAUGUUUCUAUAAAUACGUAGAGUGCAGUGAAGACAGUUUCGGGCUGCUUUAUGCAAACCAGCAUGUCGUGCCGUGCUGUAAGUUUUCCCUGACCCUCUGUUUCCAUGGCCCCCUCAUGUGGCCGCUCUUCACUGCCUAUAGCACGAGCUAUCUCCGCCUAUGAAAACACGGCGCGUGAUUGGCUGAUCCUGCAGAUGCACAGGAAGUUCAGGGUUUCUAAUAACCACCCAGAGACACAGUUACCAUAGAGACAAAGAUAAGCCCCCUUACUAAAAAAAAAGGAAAAAAAGCCUGCAUGUCAUCACAGCAGCCUGCAGAAAGCGUCUGCUCUCUCUCUCUCACUCUCUCUCUUCUGCCAGUUCUAUUAGCAGCUGCUCAAACAGUACAGCCCCUGCCUUAUGAAGGUUGCCUCAGGUUUUCUUCUCUCACCGCUCUUCAAAUGCACUCUGCACUUAACGAGCCUUGGUCUAAAUGGGUCCGGUUAUGCCUCCCAGUAAGAAGCCGGAAAGUUCCGGGGUCAGCGUCGCGAGCGGCCUGAGCCAGUUCUAUCAGGCGAGCUCCAUCACGCGCGCCCUGCAGGAGGCCGAGGAGAUGGACCUGGCUCUUCCCACCAUCAAACUGGAGAAGGGCAGCAUGGAGGACGAGGAACUCACCAACCUCAACUGGCUCCACGAGAGCAAGAACCUGCUCAACAGCUUCGGUGACCCCGUGCUGAGGAGCGUCAGCCCCGUCCAGGACUUGGACGAUGACACCCCGCCCUCCCCGGCCCACUCGGACCUCCCUUACGACGCCAAGCAGAACCCGAACUGCAAACCCCCUUAUUCCUUCAGCUGCCUCAUCUUCAUGGCCAUAGAAGAUGCCCCCUCCAAGAGACUGCCAGUUAAAGACAUAUACAACUGGAUCCUGGAACACUUCCCUUACUUUGCCAACGCCCCCACGGGGUGGAAGAACUCAGUCAGGCACAAUCUGUCCCUCAAUAAGUGUUUUAAGAAAGUGGACAAGGACAGGAGUCAGAGUAUCGGAAAGGGCUCCCUGUGGUGCAUAGACCCAGAAUACAGACAGAAUCUCAUCCAGGCGCUGAAGAAGACGCCUUAUCAUCCGUAUUCCCAGGUGUUCACCACGCCUCCCACCUCUCCUCAGGCAUAUCAAAGUAUGUCCAGUCCUCCAAUUUGGCCAGGAAGUCCCUUUUACAGAAAAAACAAGGGAGUCCUGCUACAAGUCCCUCAGGGAGUGAUCCAGAAUGGAGCUCGAAUGAUGAGCCAGGGCCUCUUCCCAGGAAUCCGACCCCUUCCCAUCAACCCCAUUGUCAGCAGGACAGCCGCUGUCAGGUCAGUACUUGGAUACCGAAUAACCAGUGAUGGUGAGCCAACCUGUAACUCUCCACUGGUCAACAGCGACCCCAAGGAUGACCACACCUACAGUUUUGCCAAAUCUUCCAGCUCGGAUGUCGAAGAAGAUGCCCACUGCGAUGGAAGCGAGGUGAGCUUCCACGCCAACGAGGCCGGCAGUGAUGCCGAGGAGGACGACAAGAGCAAAAUCAAGAAGGAGCCCAAGGAGUGGUCCGUGGAUGCCCUCGCUCUGGCCCAGCACAAGAAACGGCAACAUUUGACAAAAGUCAAACAGAGAGUGGCCAGUGACACUCUUCCUCUAAAAAAGAGGCGCACGGAGAAGCCUCCGGAAAGUGACGACGAGGAGAUGAAGGAGGCGGCCGGAUCCUUACUUCAUUUGGCGGGAGUCAGGGCCUGUUUGAACAAUAUCACCAACCGGACGGCAAAGGGGCAGAAAGAGCAAAAAUAAUGAACUGACUGUAUUAUAAAGAGAAAAAAAAACAUCACUUUGAAUAGAAUUUACUAUUUUUUUCCAGGACAUCAGGUGAAUUCUACUGAUUUGUGGCAAUAUCAACAAUCACUUUGUUUUCCUAUCUUUAUAGGUAACAUUUUACUGAGGGUUCUUUUUUUAGUUCACUAUUAGUUCAUUUUAUUGUGAUUUCUUUUUUUAAUCUACGGAGAUUGAAGCCAUAGCCUUCCCUUUUUUAAGAUAUUCAGUAAAGCAUUUCAUUCGAUUGAGAGAAAAAAGUGAUAGUAAAAAUUGCCCUGCCCCAUUGUCAUAGUUAAAGAGAUAGCUCACCCCAAAAUGAAAAUUCUGUCAUCAUUUACUCACCUCAUUUCAUGUCAAAUCUGUAAGACUUUUGUUCAUCUUUGGAACACAGUUUUUUUUUUCCACAAAUGAAAUUCAAUCAAAUCUGAAAGAUUUCUGUCCCUCCACUGAAAGUCUAUUCAACCAAAACUGUGAAACUUUAAAAUGUUCAUAAAGAGAUUUUUUAUUUUCUUUUUUUUUAAUUCCAAAUAAACUAAGUCUUCUAAACAGAUUUAAUUUGGGCUUUUAUUCACAUACAAACAUUAAGCGAACAAUGUUUAUAACAUUCAAACUUGCUCAUAGAAGCUCAAGCAUGCUUGCUUGACACGCAAGAACCAAUGAGGUUCUUAAUUGUGAUUCUUCAGAAGACUUGGAUUAAACCACUUGAUUUAUUUAUUUAUUUUUCUUUAUGUGUGUUUUGAAACGUGAUAGUUUUAGCUGAAAAGACUUUCAAUGGGACAGAAGUCACUCGUACUUCAUUAAAAAUAUCUUCCAUUUGUGUUCCAAAGAUGAGUCUUUGGGUUUGGAACGACAUAAGGGUGAAUAAAUGAUGACAGAGUUGUAAUUUUGGGGAGAACUAAUCCUUUAAAAACAUGACAACAAAUUUUGUUCUGCAGCACAUUCUGCAGUCAGAGUAGUUCUCGAGUUAGUGAUAAUUAUGGGUUAUAGUAAUCUCUGUUGUAAUAUAAGAUGUUUUAGAAGCACAGGGCAGUGCCAAAGACAAUCCUCAAGCAGUUUCUGUGAUGUCACUUCCCCUUGAUGCUCUGGCCGUUAAAGCAUCGUGUGGAAAACACUCAUGUCUGUAGUUGUCGUUUGGCUCAUAUGAAUCAUAGUUCACCAGGAUGAGAGUAAAGCCAUAAGCUUUUGUCAAAGUGUUUUUGGAGUCAAAAGUGAUACAUUUACCAAUAAGUCUCUUGAAACUGCCCAAGUUUUUUUUCCUAAGCAAUCAAAUUGAGUGAUAUUUUCCAUCUAAAACGAUAGUGGAUGGUGAUACUCUUUCUUUGGCACAAUGAAAAUGGAAACUCGGAGCUAAAGCUACAAUACCUGCCAAUUGUAUUUUAAUAGCAGAAAAUAAUGACUGUGGAGUUGUUUUGUGUUUGUUCAUUUGUUUACGUUUUUUUGUUUGUUUUUUUUUCAAAUUUUUUAUUUGAAACCCUCGUGAUGUAAUAAGCAAUUUCAUCCAGUCAGGAUAAACACUGUAUAAAAGUAACACUAGACCAUUUUCCUUUCUUAAUUUAAGCAAUGUAGCCAGCAGGAUUUUCCAAAUCGUGUUGCAUGGGUUCUGUAAAGAAAAAGAAGACCGUUUUUUAAAAAAUCAAAGUUCAUGUAAGGUAAAUAAUGUAUUUAGCAUGGAGCAUGAAUUAUUUUCAUAUAAAUAUAGAUCCUAGAGAACUAAGGCACCGCCUCUAAUUUCUAUGCCAAUAGGCCUAGUCUCUUUUGUUGUUUUUGUCGGAUUUAAUUUCCAUUUUUCGUCCUCAUCGCCUUUGUGUUGAAGCAGGCAUCUUAACAAUUACCUUCUUCAGGGACAAACACUGACUGUUGGGAAACUCUCUCUGCAAUACGAGGACUCGGGCUUGGGCCGUCUCGGUCCACGCUAGCGGCCGUCCCGAAUACCCACGAAUAUCCGCUACGUCAAUGUCCGUGUCGUCAAGGAGAAGUUCGUAGUGAGUGUCAGUCCCCUUCCGGCUUCGUGCCUGCUUUACUUCCAUAUGUAAUCCGGAUGUGCGUAUCUGUGAUUUAUUCAGGGUCUUCCAUUUUGUUCCACGAGACUUUGGAUCUGCAGUUUUUUUUUUUUUUUUUUUGUUGUUGUUCAUUUUAUUCCUGUAUUUACAUGUAGCACUGUUCAGGAGUCAUCAGUAUUGAUUCAGUUGUUCUCGGUACAGGCAGUCAGACGGUUAUUUACGCCUCCACGCAUAUAUAUUUAAGCACUUAUAGACAAUAAAAACAAGUGAUACCAGAGCUCAGUGCAAACGCUAGUGUAUAUAUUUUCACGACCUCACCGAAUUGCACUUUUAUUGUUUUAACGUAUAGUAAAGAACUUAAGGAUUCAGUGCCAAAGCCUGUAAUGACUCUAUACACUGCAAAACGGACGAUGCAUACUUGAUAUGUCAGUCACAAACAUGUCAAUAAGUUGUAGCAUUUCUGUCAAUUACUCAUGUAUAAGAUAUUCUCCAUCAUAUUUGUUAAUAUCGCACUGCAUUGCUGUGUUUCAUGAAUCCACACUGCCUUCCCUGUUCCAUCUGACAAUGAUGAUAAUGGUUCGACCCGAUGUUUUGUAGCGUGUUAAAUGUUAUAUCUGACCCAUGAGUGUUAAUGUGAUGUCUCCAGUUGGCAUGCCUUUCCCUAACCGAGCUAGACAUUUCUUGACGCAAAAUAACCCUGAUUAUAACCUUGUCUGCUGGUCUUUAUAAACAUCUGUCAUAUCACAUUUCCAUUCAAUAUGCUUCAAACUGGGAAACCGGUAGCAGAGAGAGCUAUGAGUCCUUUGUACACUGCCUUCCUUCAAAGACAACACUCACUACGGAACUUUUCCUUUCUAGUUCUUUCAGAGGAACCUGAAACAUGUUAAAAAGCAUCAAGAAGAGCCAGCCAAAAAAAAUGUUAAUAGGAGGCGAAGUGUUUCUUUUUCUUCCCUUUGUGUUUUUUUGUUUUUGUUGAAAGGUUCCUGUUAACUGCCAUUCUGUUAUGUGUUUGAGUUGUUUAAGAUGAAAGUAAUGGAGUCCAUUUGGUUUGUGAUGAAAUAUUCGGUCUGAUGGCAUGUGCACCCUGCUAAUAUGUCAAUAUAGAGGCGUAAUUGCACUCUGUAUUUCCUUUGACUUGUAAUCAUAUUGCCAAAGACAACAAUUUUAUCGAUUAAUGUAAAUACCACUUUGUCCAUUACUACGACAAGUUCUAUUUGUUUUUCUUUCAUUUUAUUUUAUUUUUUCUCCAACCCUACCAUCAAGUUUCUGUGAUGUAUUGUCUUCCAGUUGCAAUAAAAAAAAAAAAAAAAGUUGCAAAGGUGAUCCUGGACUAGCAUGAU